UCGUUUACAUAAAAACAUGAAUUAUCUUAGUAUAGUUUAUAGUUUAUAUUAUUUUUCUCUCUUAGAUGACAUUAAAGGCGCGGAAAGAACUGUAAACAGACCAAACCUUCCAGUAGGAAAAUAUAAAUUAAAAUUCAAUGCUGCUUCAAUCUGUAAUGAAUCUAUAGAUUAUCCAAUUAAUUUUAACUUAAAAUUAUCAAAAACGUCUCCUACAAAAACUUUAUUAAUUGGAAAUAUUACAAUGAGUAUUUCAUUUGAUGACAUUUUAAUAUUUAACAUGAAUAUGGCAGUUUGGUCAAAAAUAGGAGGUUGGAAAGAUAAUGCAUAUGUUUAUCGCAAUAAAAAUGCAUGUUCAACACUGAAAUAUUUUUUGGGAAAUGUUUGGAACACAUUUGUUAAAAAUUUUAAGAAUAAAGAUUGUCCUUUUUUACAAGGUCACUAUCCAAUUAAUGGUUUUGACUUGUCACUUGUAGAACAAGCAAAUUUUCCAAAAGAAUUUUUUUAUGGCAAGUACAAACUAAAAGUCUUUUAUACUGAUGACAAAAUUGCUAUGACUGGAAGAAGAACGACUAAUGACAAAAAUAACAACACUUGCGUCUCAAAAGUUAUUAUCGACCAGUCAAAUUCUUGGUUAAAUCAUAUUCUAUUGAAUAAUGUAGUUAGCUAUGAAUGUUGUCAUAUGAAAAUAAAAUUAUUUCAUUAA